GAAACAAGAAAUUCAAACGGAAAAUAAAACGAUCGACGCCAAUUUAGCGCCCUUGCGGAACGAAAUUCAUUUCUGAAGAAGAGAAUGAAAGUAUUCUAUGCAAACGAACGUGUAAAAUUUGUGGAAAAUCAAAUUUAAAAAACCGAAAUUAAGUGAGAAGUGAAGAAAUACAACAAAUCAAAUUGCCAAGUGGAGUUAACAUUUUUGCGAAUUGAAGAUUUCCAAGACAAAUUUUCAAUAUUGUUGCUACAUUUUGAAACAAAAUCUACAGGUUGCGGAACAUCUGCACCAGGUGCAAACAUUGGCAAAUUCCAGUAUAUAGAAAAUACGCAAGACCAUCGCCAUGAGUAAGGACAUUUACUACUCUGAUAAAUAUUACGAUGAGAAAUUUGAAUAUAGACAUGUUGUGCUGCCAAAGGAACUGUCGAAAUUAGUACCAAAGACACAUCUGAUGACCGAAGCGGAAUGGAGAUCGAUUGGCGUACAACAAUCACGCGGGUGGAUACACUAUAUGAUACACAAACCAGAGCCGCACAUUUUACUCUUCCGUCGUCCAAUACAGCAGUAGAAGGCAUGCAUCUCAGAAACCCUUUCAGAAGAACCAGGAGCUACCACAUUUUGCUAUUAAGGUCUCGAACGUCUGCUACACUGCUGAAGUUUCGUGAAAACUAAUCAAAACCAGUUAUCGUCUACAAUUGCGUUUGUGGUUUCUAGAAAAAAGAAGCUAAGUGCGGAAGCCUAUUUGAACAGAUUCGCGUUACUGUGAAAUCUUAUUUCAGCCUUAAUUGUUCAAAGGACUACUUAAAUGUAAAUAUAUAUAAAAGAAAAAAAAAAAAAAUCAAAAACAAACGUAAUGCAGUAGUGCCAGGCUGUUUGAUAGGUGUUUAAUAGCAAAAAUAUUUGUAACCUCAUCAUGAUUGCCAUAGAUGUAUUUUGAGAGCCAUCAAGGUUUGCAAAUAUUUUGAACCUUUGAACAAACAGAUUUUGUAUACUCGUAUUACUACUAUUAAGUUCAUAUUCGAAAUAAGUUAUGUUGAGCCUAAUUGGCAAUUUUUUUUACUUAUAAAACUAAUUUUCCUAUUUUUCAUUCCGAAUAUUUUUAGUGUUUUCAUAUUAGUAGCUAGGCUCGCGGCAUGAUUACGAUUCGAAUUCCAUAUUGGCUAGUGUAUUUUAGUUUUAAGAUUUUAUGUAUGUGGUUUAUAAUUUUCUACAACCAGAUGCAUGCCUAUGAUAAAGAAAUAGAAAUACACCGUAAAAAUAUGUUUGUGAUUUCAAUAAAACAAUAAAUAGAUUUGGCAUUAGUUUCUUCAGCUUUGGAAAUGUGAUGCUAACGGUUAA